AUGGCGGAUACCAUCUUGAAGGAACUCAAUGCGUCAAAGCUGUUCGAUCUUCAGGGGGUAGUGGCAGUGGUGACGGGAGGCGGUACAGGGAUUGGGAUGAUGAUCAGUUCUACACUUGUUGCGAACGGUGCAACGGUGUACAUCAUCGGUCCAAAGCAAGAAGAUCUUGACAGGGUUGCCAAUACGUACAACCGGGCGUCUACGCGAGGGAAAAUUCAUGGAAUCGAAGGUGAUGUUCGUCUGAAGGCAAAAGCUAAGCGUCUUGCAGACGAAAUUGCCAAGCGUGAGGAGUAUGUCACCGUGCUUUUCAACAAUGCCGGUGUAGGCGGUGGCAAUUUCAAGAGGCCUUCCGAAGCCACGGCUGCAGCGUUUGUUGCUGAGUUCUUCGAUCCGGUGACCCAAGAUAUCUUCGACGAUACACUGCGUGUGAACGCAGUGGGUGCAUAUUGGAUGAGUCUCGCUUUCCUGCCUCUCUUAGAGAAGUGGAAGGUCUCCGAUGACGCGGUAGCGAGAAAGUUUGUGCCUCAGAUCAUUAUGACUAGCAGUAUGAAUGGUUGGACAAAGGACUCGGCGACGUCAGGUGUUUCUUACCCUUAUCUGUUCUCCAAGAGUGCUAUUGGGCAUUUCACAUCUACUCUGGCGCACGAACUCCUCCCUCUCGGAAUACGAGUUAAUGGGAUAGCUCCAGGCCUCUUUCCGUCCGAGAUGUCCAUCAAGAAGAAGUCAGACGACUGCGGAGUUUCGUACAUUCCUUCUGGCACUCGGUGGGGGUUUGAGAUACCUGCUGGAUCCACGGGUGGUACGAGGGUAGACAUCGGCACGCUCGCCCUCUUUUUGGUGGCAAAUCAUUUUGUCAACGGUGAGACUGUGCUCAUUGAUGGAGGAACCCUUCUCAAGCAUUCUUCUUCAUACUAG